GCUGAACCAGUUGAUGGGGCUUAUGUGGAUACAGAAGCCAAGAGACUCGUAGCAAUGAGUAGCCAGGACCUGGUCAUAAAAGAUGUUCCCUCUGCCGUCAGUGCCUUCCAGGAAGCCAGAAGUCUGCUGGAGAAGAAAUACCAGGAGACAAACGACCCGUAUGCAGAUGGUGUCUACUACUGUGAGAUGGCUCUCCUAGAGCCUAAACAAAUGGGGAACAAAAUCCUGGGUGAACCUUUAGAGGGAUUGCCAGAAGAGGACAAGUCUGGUGAAGAUCCCGAUGUCCCCAAGAGCUCCAACCUUGAUGAGAAAGAGGAGGAGUUAAGAAGGCAAAGAUAUGAUGCAAUGUCCGUGGAGGAUGAGAAGGCUAAUAAAGUGAAUGGAGAAACAGAGGCCGAAGAAGCUAAGGCCGAGGUCUUGAAGUGGGAGAAAUCCUCGGAUGUUCCAGAGACCAAGGAUAAGGCUGAAGAGAGGUCUGCCGAAGUGGGAAGACUCUGA